AUGAGUGAUUUCACACACGUGAUAACCAUCAUAGCUCAUGGCAAUGACCUUUCAGCUGAGACGCUAGCCACAAUCAAGAGGAUUCUUGUGGACCAGGCUACCUUACCGCUUGGGGUCUCGAAAAGCCUUUCUCCAAGAGCCAUAGAUUUUCCUACUACUAUCUCCAACGAUGUAGACAUUACAGCAUUCCUCAAGCGUACCUUCAACAAAGAUACAGGAUACGAUGUGAUCUUACAACCGGUUGCAAAUCGAAAAGACAAGAAGUUGUUUAUUUUCGAUAUGGACUCUACCUUGAUUUAUCAAGAAGUAAUCGAGUUGAUCGCUGCUUAUGCUGAUAUUGAACAAGAAGUGGCAGAUAUCACCGAAAGAGCCAUGAAUGGGGAAAUAGAUUUCACCGAAUCUUUGAAAGAAAGAGUUCUUCUUUUGAAGGGGAUCAACUCAACCACGAUCUGGGAAGAAUUAAAGCACAAGAUCAAAAUCACCAAUGGAGCAUUAGAAUUGUGCAAAGCAUUAAAGAAAAGUGGGUGUAUAAUGGGAGUUUGUUCCGGUGGUUUCAUCCAGUUAGCAGAAUACGUGAAGGAACGUUUAGGCUUGGACUAUGCUUAUGCAAAUGUCCUUGGAAUCGAUGAAAAUAACAUUCUCGAUGGAACUGUUGUUGGUGAAACCGUUAAUGCGGAAAUGAAAGCAAAGUUAUUACUUGAAAUCGCCAGCAAGCACAAUAUUGACCCACAAACAGCUGUUGCGGUUGGUGAUGGAGCCAAUGAUUUGAAGAUGAUGGAAGUAGCGGGAUUCGGGGUCGCUUGGAAUGCUAAACCAAAGGUACAGCAAUUAGCCCCAUCUUGUUUGAACACCAAAUCUUUGGCGGACAUUCUCUAUAUUAUGGGGUACACUGACACAGAGAUCAACAAAUUAAUAGAAUAA